AUGGAACAAUCAGCAGUAAGCGUUAUGGCCUUGUUGAUGGCGGUGUUAGUAACUCCUCCUGUGCGUGGUGUGAUGACAUUUGACACAGGCGCCGGCAAAGUGCACAAGCUAAGUGUGACUCAAGAUGUCACUCUAGAAAGGGGAAGCCAAAACUUUAACAGUUUGGAAUAUCUCAUAGUAUCCAAACACCCGGAGUAUCCCAACAAGCGCUCAUUGGUCCAGUUUGAAGAUCUUCCCAGUUCAUGUCCAACAUCAAAUGUAAUUUCAGCCAGAAGGUACCUGUACUUUCAAUACUCGCACAAAGCAAGUUUCAUGUCUAUCAAAAGUGUCCCUUUAUUUUCGCGUUAUUUGCAAGUGCACCUGGUUAAAAAACCAUGGGACGAAUCUCAAACAACCAGUACCAUGCGCCUACGUGGCAUCCCUUGGUCUUCCCCAUGGCUAGCGCUGGACGGUACCGACGCGGAGGCAACUCCCCAGCAAGGAACUGUCACUAUCUUUCCCCACCGACCAAAAGGUUUUGUGGAGUUUGACGUCACAAAUGCGGUGAAGGACUGGAGUACUGGAGUACCUAAUAACGGCUUGGUGAUACGCGCAACAAACGAGCUUGAUCUUGGCAGGGAUACUCGCUUUUCCAGUAACGCCAACAUCCCCAUUUUUGGUGGGCUGCAGCGAUGGUACUUAUAA